AUGUGGGGCAGCGGCCUCGUCAAGGCGCCCAAGCUGACCGGCAGCGAUCUCGCGAAGCUGGCGCCCGUGGGGGCGGCCUUCGCAGCGGGCCAGGUGGCCACUGUUGCCUCGCUGGGCGCUGUCGCCGUGUCCUUUACGCAUGUGGUGAAGGCCCUGGAGCCGGCCGUGAACGCCAUCGCCUCCGCCCUAGUGCUCGGCCAGGUGUUCCACCCAAUGGUCUAUGCCUCGCUGCUCCCGGUCUUUGCCGGAGUGGCGCUGGCUUCGUCCAAGGAGCUGUCCUUCACCAUGUUCGGCUUCCUGACGGCCAUGGCCUCCAACUUCUUCUUCGUGACCCGAAACGUCCUGGCCACGAAGUUCGGCGAUGUCGGUGACAUGGGCGAGGAGAAGACACAGAGGAAGACCAACCAGCUGGCCGUCCUCACGGCUGUCGCCACUUCCGUGCUUCUGCCAGUGGUGCUCUUCCUCCCGGGCGGGCUCCUCUCCAUACCCAGUGCCUGGAAUGCCGCGUUGGCCAAAGGUGUCACUUCAAAGAGCCUCGGGCUGAUGCUGGCGACUUCUGGGUUCCACUUCUUCAUGUAUCAGCUGUCGUCGUUCUGGGUUCUGUCCUGCGUGCCGCCCAUCACCCACAGC